ACCAACUGCAUUAUUAUUUAAAUUAUAAAAUGGCUUUGAAGUUCUUGGUGUUCUCAUUGCUAUAAUCUCAAAAUAUCUCUUUUUGCGUUAGGAAAAAUACUUCGGCGUGAUGUCGUCGAACUGCCUGAAUAAAUGGAAAUUAUUUGUGUUGCUGAGUAAGGAGGUGAAGCAGAACAUCCGCCUUGCCAUCGUUUUCGGAAGGAAUGCAAUUUUCGUAAUGAGAGAUGACGAUGUUUACGGAUUCGGCAUCAACGCAAACGGAUGCCUCGGCAUUGGAGACACGCAGCCUCACACAAAGCCGGAGAAAAUCCAAAUUCUCUGCGGACAAAAUGUCAUAGGUCUGGAGCAUGGAGGCUUCAAAACAAAGUUCUCAGUUUUCGCAAUUUGCUCGUCUGGCACUCUUUUCGCGUGGGGCAAAAACGAAAGGGGCGAGCUCGGACUGGGGACAAAGGAGUACACGAUGGUUCCGACCAAGGUAGAAGGGGAUUUGGAGGGGAAAAGAGUUGUCCAGGUCGCCUGUGGAAAGAGUCAUACCCUGGUCUUAACUUCAGAUGGAGAGGUCUUCGCUUUUGGCUCCAAUGACUACGGACAACUAGGCCUCGGAAACACAGUGGACACGUCACAUCCGAAAAAAGUGAAUGGACUUUUAGCUGGAAGAUUUGUCACCGCGGUCGCGUGUGGCUUCGUCAUGUCCUUCGCCCUUCUCGACACAGGAGAGGUAAUCACUUGGGGCAAGGCUCAAAUCGGUGAAGUGGACAGCACGCAAGCACUGUUCCCCAAUCCAAGAAUCGCGCCUGGCUCGGAGGGCGUCUUAUUUUCCAAAAUUGUUUGCGGCCCAACGCACGCCCUUCUUCUGUCUCGCGAAGGAGAGGUUCGCACCUGGGGAUACAACACGACUGACCAGCUGGUCGAGCAGAGGCUAGGUCCUGCGAUCCAUGUUUUUAAAGAUAUGGGCAGGGUUACGGACAUUGCCGCGAGCCAAAACCCUGAGAUUCAUCACUCUUCCGCUGCAAUCAACGAAAACGGGCAGGUUUUCCGAUUCAAUGUUUGGGGAGCUCUUACAAGCUUGACAAGCGAAACCCCAGAACUCACCUCUUUUUCGACGCUGGACGAGGUUUUCGCUGCUACAGAGCCAGAAGCUACGGCCCGACCUUUGAGACCGAAAUUCGACUCGAUCAAUUCCACUGCAGAACGAUUCUUUGAAGAUCCGGAAACAUGCAACUUCACGUUCAUCGUCGAAGGCAAGAAAAUCCACGUUCACAAACUCAUUCUGGUGAUGCGAAGCACCGUCUUCAGAGCAAUUUUUUACGGGAAAUAUUUCAAGGAUAGUAGCGUACGGGAGCUAACCAUUGAGGGUAGCAGCUACGAGGCGUUCCACGCUUUUCUGAAAUAUUUCUACACAAAUGAGAUUAAUCUCAAUGAUGACAUAAUUACCAGUCUGAUCGGGCUUUCUUGCUUCUUUCUGGUGGCUGAUAUUCAAGAAGCGUGCAUCAAGUACACCAAACAAAAUCUGAAUAUGGAAAACGUAGCUGUUUUUCAUGAAGUGGCGCGUUUUCAUAAAUUUGAGGAACUGGAGGACACCAUUUUCGACUUUUUCCUGGACCACGAGGCUGAGGUUAAAAGCGCCUUCUUCUCCAAAACAUUGAAAGAAAAUGAUGAAAGAGUUUUCAGCGAUCGUUCUUUUAGAAGAGAGAUCCUCAAAAAGGUGAUUGCAUCACAGACUCCAACGAGCAGCGGAAAACGAUGUCCGUUACGUCGAUUUAUUCAGAAUCAUCUGACUUUUUAAAUAU